AUAGUGCAUCCAUAGGUUGUGUUUACUGUUGCAAUCAAAGCAGAUUCACUCUUCGCUGCCUGGUUUCAGAAUGUAUUGCAAAGCACUUUAAGAAGUCUACAUAAGUGUGCAUUGAAGGGCUAUGCUAUGUUUAACUGACACUGGAUGGACACUUGUCUACGUAGUCCUUGUCCACAUGUCUGUGGAGGGUUUUGGCACAUGGACGUGCACCUUGAGAACUGUUGUGUAAUUUGGGCUGACUCAGCUCUCUGUACAUGCACUGGACAAAUACGUAUGCCGGAAGGCAAAUGUAAUCUACUUUUCUUCCAGCUGCUGGUAAUGCACUGCCUGGCUUCCCGAAGAACUCAGUGCAGCUCUACCCACCUGUAAAACAAUGUCAUUGCUCCCACUGUGUCCUAACAGCUUGCUCUGGUCAAGGCACAUUAGAUUGCAUAAGUUCAACACUGGCAAUUCAUCCAAGACAUUUUCCCAGGCUCUCUGGCAGCUGCUGUUGGGAAUAACCCUGCUUUGCUCUCCAGCACGUUGUUCUGUCUUUAAAAUUGGACUGCUUGGACCCUGGAGCUGUGACCCCUUCUUUUCCAAAGCCUUGCCCCACGUGGCUGCCAGGUUAGCAGUGGAACGAAUAACCAAAGAUCCUUCACUAGAUCUUGGCCACAGGCUGGAUUAUGUGGUCCUGGAAGAAGAAUGUGAGACAUCAAGAGCUCUGGUUAAAUUCAUUGACUUUGGAAAGCUUUCCUCCGCUUUCGUAGGCCCUCUGAACCCUGGCUUCUGUGAGGUGGCCACACUCUUAGGGGAAAACUGGAAUAAAGCCAUCUUCUCAUGGACGUGCAUCAAUUAUAAACUGGAUUCCACCACCCAACACCCCACAUUUGCAAGGACCCUGCCCUCUCCAACCCGAGUUUUGUUUACAGUAAUGAAACAUUUUAGCUGGGCUCAUGUUGGCAUCAUUGCUUCCAACGAGGAUAUUUGGAUGGACACAGCCAACAAGCUAGCGAGUGCACUCAGGAACCAGGGUCUUCCUGUAGGCAUUGUCAUACCCAUGCAUACAGGAGAAAAAGGCAUUGAAGACACUUGGAACAAGGUUAAAGAAGUUGACAACAUUAAAAUUAUAAUCCUGUGCAUGCAUUCUGUGCUCAUUGGAGGGGAGGAACAGGCCACCCUACUCACAAAAGCUCUGGAAAUGGGACUAGCAGAUGGAAGAUACGUCUUUGUUCCAUACGACACUUUGCUGUACAGUCUUCCGUACCAAAACAACUCAUUCAGUGUCUUUGAUAAUGACGAGAAGCUCCAGGAAGCAUACGAUGCUGUGUUGACUAUCACACUGGAGUCUGGAGAAAGGACUUUCUAUGAUGCAUUCAGGGAAGCCAAAAUCAGCGGUGAAAUAACCAGGGAUUUGGAAGCCACCCAGGUUUCUCCUCUUUUUGGGACAAUCUAUGAUGGUUUUUACUUCAUGGCAAUGGCUAUUGACAGUGCUCGGAGGAAAGGAGCCAGUGUCUCAGGAGCUAACAUAGCUCAGCACACAAAAAACUUGAGUUUCCUUGGAUUUAGUCACCAGGUAGAGACAGACCACUGUGGGAAAGGGCUGAGCAACUACGUGAUACUGGACACAGAUGGUCAUGGGAACCAGCUCUUCCCAACCCACUUGCUGGAUAUGUCUUCAGACUCUGUGAUGUCCUUAGGUCGGGACAUCCACUUCCCCAGAGAAACUCUACCCAAGCCAGACUCCAGCUGUUGGUUUGAUCCAGAUGUUCUCUGCACUGGAGGAAUUGAGCCUACAGUCAUCAUUUUGGGAGUAAUGGUGAUAUUUGGCCUGGUGCUUCUUGCUAUGGGCCUGGCUUCUCUUAUCAGGCACAGUAUCUUGAACAGCCAGCUAUUCAGGGGACCUAACAAGAUCAUACUGACCUUGGAUGACCUCGUCUUCAUCAACCCUGAGCUACAGAAGAAGAGGAUGACUUUGGACAGUCUGACUGAAGCAAACAGCAUAGCAGCAGAUGGCAGAAGCCUGAAAUCCGUAACCCGCUCCUCCUCCUUGAAGAGUGAAGCUGCCACCUAUGAAACCUCCAACGUGGCUCUGUAUGAGGGAGACUGGGUAUGGCUGAAAAAGUUCGAGAGGGGAGCAGCUCACCAUCUGCGGCAAAGCUCCACAAGCAUCUUGAGGAAGAUGAAACAUCUACGCCAUGAAAAUGUGAAUCUGUUCCUGGGCUUUUUCUCUGACUGUGGCAUCUUUGCCAUAGUGACAGAGUACUGCUCCCGAGGAAGCCUGGAGGACUUGCUGAGGAAUGAAGAUAUGAAGCUGGAUUGGAUGUUCAAGUCCUCUCUUGUCAUGGAUCUAAUCAAAGGAAUUAGGUAUUUGCAUCACAGAGAUUUUGCCCAUGGACGUCUCAAGUCUCGUAACUGUGUUGUGGAUGGCCGCUUUGUGUUGAAGAUAACUGACUAUGGUUAUAAUGAGCUCUUAGAAGCACAGAAAUGCCCAUAUAUUCAGCCGCCCCCAGAAGAGUUGCUCUGGACAGCUCCUGAGCUGCUGAGGGACCCAGACAUGCGCAGAAAGGGCACGUUCAAAGGGGACAUUUACAGCUUUGCCAUCAUCCUACAAGAAGUGGUUGUUCGGGGUCCACCGUACUGCAUGUCAGAACUCUCAGCUGAAGAAAUCAUCAAGAAAGUGAAGAAGCCCCCUCCCUUGUGCCGCCCAAAUGUAGCCCCUGAGUUGGCCCCCAUGAGGUGCAUCCAGGUAAUGAAGGAAUGCUGGGGUGAAGCUCCCGAACGACGUCCAACCUUUGAGGAGGUAUUUCUUAAGUUCAAAACCAUCAACAAAGGGAAGAAGACCAAUAUCAUUGACUCAAUGCUCAGGAUGCUUGAGCAGUAUUCGAGCAACCUGGAAGAUUUAAUCAGGGAGAGGACUGAAGAGCUAGAGAUUGAAAAACAGAAGACAGAGAAACUGUUGUCACAAAUGCUCCCCCCAUCAGUGGCAGAAGCCCUCAAGACUGGUGGCACUGUGGAGCCAGAGUAUUUUGACCAGGUGACCAUCUACUUCAGUGACAUCGUGGGCUUCACAACCAUUUCAGCCCUCAGUGAGCCCAUCGAAGUAGUUGACCUCCUGAAUGAUCUUUACACGCUGUUUGACGCAGUUCUUGGAAACCACGAUGUUUACAAGGUGGAGACGAUUGGUGAUGCCUACAUGGUUGCCUCAGGGCUCCCAAAACGGAAUGGAAACAAGCACGCAGCUGAGAUAGCCAACAUGUCCUUGGACAUCCUCAGCUCGGUGGGGUCAUUCAAAAUGAGACACAUGCCAGACAUUCCCCUCAGGAUACGAAUUGGGCUGCACACAGGGCCUUGUGUGGCAGGCGUGGUGGGGCUCACUAUGCCACGGUACUGCCUCUUUGGAGACACAGUGAACACGGCAUCACGAAUGGAGUCCACGGGCCUGCCUUACAGAAUUCAUGUCAGCCAAAGUACAGUGGAUACGCUUCGGAGUCUAAAUGAAGGCUAUGAAAUUGUACUUAGGGGAAAAACAGAGCUCAAGGGCAAAGGAGUAGAAGACACAUAUUGGCUAGUCGGGAAAAAAGGCUUUCUGAAGCCCCUACCUAAACCUCCUGAAAUAAAGCCAGGUCGCAAGUGGCCAGAUGUACUGGCCAGGAAACUCAAAACUGUCCUGAGGGUCACAAAGAGGACACUGGCAAAAGCAGCCCUUACAGAGGUGGGGAGCAUAAAGGAGGACAAAAUGAGUAGUGAAGAAGAAGACAUCUGAGAAGAUCACAGCAAAGAACUAAUGAGGUCAGAACGGACACCUUGAAGCCAACCCAGCAGAGGAGCUCACACCCUCCAUUUAAUUCCCUUCCAGCCAAAAGCAGUAUAAUCGAUGAAGCCUCUUAGCUCUUGUAGAGGUUGAACCUCCGCAGGUAGAUGAAUCCUGACCAUCAUCUCUUGUGAAACUGGGCACCAGCUCAGAGCUGCAUGUGUGCAUUUUCAACAGGGGUCCACUGGGGAGGAAAGCGAUGGUGAUGGUAGUGCCAGCUCUUCAUCAGCAUCUGACACAAGGAUGAGCUUAAAGAAUACUUUAGCUAGGUCUGCAUGGCAGCACAAACACAUCCAGCUGCGUUUAGGUCUGGUUUCAAACAAUAAUGCCAAGUGCUAAAGUGGUUUAACUGUUUUGCAUUCAAUAGAUUGUUGCUGCUGUCGUAGGAAGCUGGUUUCAUGAAAUUCAAUGCCAUUUGGGAGAAAAGGGUUUCGACAGCAGCAAAAAAAUCUUUUUACUCUGCCAUAAGGGGAAAUUUUGAAUCAAAAUGUUUUGUUCCUGUAUGUCAAUUUAAGCUGAAACAUUUUCUUUUCAAUUGACAUUUCAGCUGCAAAUGUCAUUUUAAUGCCAUUUUCAAGCUGAAAUGACAGUUUGGAAAUGAGGCAGUUUGGUAUGAAUCAAUAUUUGUUUCCAAAUGCCAAAAUGAUUCUGCUGAAAAUGUCAAAAUAUGUCAUCUUUGCAAUUCCAGAUCUAAACUGGAAGAACAUUUUGUUUUGCUUUACAUACACAUGUAGCACAUCUAAAACAUUUCAUGCUUUUCAUCCCGAAGCAGGAUGAAAAUGGAACGCCAGGAUAUUGGAAAACUGAGAUGCAGAGAAUGACAUUCUGCAGUUCCUUUAGCUGAGUAAUACUAAUAAGAGAUGACUCUUCUUUCCUGCAGAACUGGGGCUGAGGGAACAGAAAGUACAUCAGUUAGGCAGUGCAAAGCCUGAAACACAUCACUCUUCUUCCUUCCCUAUCUCCAAAUGGUCUAAAGGCACUUGUCUUCAAAGUAAGCCUCCCAGUGGGUAGAAAUACCCUUCUGCAAAGGGACAGCACUUGGCUUCACACAGCACGCUUCACCAGGGUUGAAUCCUUUUGUUGUUGGCCACUUCUUCUUCCAGGUUUCUUACUCCUGUUUAUCAUCUGGCUUCUAACAAGCUUCUGGGAAUUGCUGUUCUCUCUUCUGCAAGGCUGCAGGGAAGAGCAGAUAUGGUAAUCUUAGUCAAUAUUACCGCCAGAAUGUGCUCACUGAAAACACGGAGACCUUUCCCAAGCUCAGUUUGAACUCUUCUCAUCAGAGUGAGCACAGUGGAUUUUUAUCACUCAGAUGAUGACUAAGAGCCAAAAAGCACUUGCCAAGCCUGCUUGGGUUGUUGCAAAUGUCUUCAUGAAACGAGGCAAGCCAGAAUCCAGAUACUAUUUUCACACUAAUUCACCAUAGCAAGUACAAAACACGUGAGCUGUCAAAGGAAGAGCUGUUUGGAGUUUAAACCUCUGAAAAGCAGAGAUAGAAGGGAAAUUCAGCUAUGGUCUUUAAUAAUGAGAUUUGACUCUGGUGCACCUGGUUUUGUGAAAGAAACUUGUCUAUUUAGUGAUGAGAGUUGAUAUGCCAGGUGGGA